GCUUGUAACUUGAAGAUUUCAAGUCAGUUACAGAAUCGAAAAGCUUCCUACAUUGUGAUCACUGACAUUCAGUCUCUCAUUCAUUCUCUUAUUUUUCUUCUCUCUAAUAUAUGUGAAGAAGUGUCAUUCUUCUUUCUCUCCACAAGUGUACUUGAGUGAGUGUGUUGGAGAGAGAUGGUGAGUGAGUGUUUGAGUUAGUUGUCACCGUCAUUGGCCCGAUGGUGUGAUGACGAUUGCCUGCUGCUCUCCACCAAAACGAGGAGGGUCCUCAACUGAAGGACGUUCAACGAUUGGUGAAUAAUUUGGGGAAAUUAUCGGACGAACUGUGAGCCUAGAGGCGCAGGCUGUGUGUGCAUAUUCUCUGCAUGCGUGUAUAUAACUGAAAAAGCCAACCUGGUUCCGCACACAACUCGUCCCAACACACUGCUAGGACGCUAUGGAACAGAUACUAGCACUACUCGUUCUGACAGCGCUGAGUUUGGUGACAGCGGACGUCAGCGAGCAUUAUCUGCCGCCAGGCUCGCGACCGCCUUCCGGCCAGUACCUGCCCCCGAGCAACCGACCGCCGCCUCCAGUCCAGUUUCCGGCAGAUGGCUCUCAGCCUCCAGGCGCCUUCGAAGACCCGGAAUCAGUGGUGAUCGAGGCGGACCCUUUCGGCAGGGCGAUCAAUUUCCCGCGAGCCACGGCGGGCUUUCGGCCGUCUUGGGGACAACAGACGUCUUCUCUGCAGAGGAACUUCAACUCGAAUCAGCCGUCCUUGAACUACUUGCCCGCCUCCACUUACUCGUCGCUAGCGGGCAACAGUUUAACGCCGACAUCAUCUCCAAACCGCAACUAUCCAGCGCUGCGUUACGUCACGCCACCUAGACCUCUUCCAGUUCACAAUCAACUUGUAUCACAACAACGUAAUCAGUUCAACGGCUUCCCGUUGUCAAACAACAACAAACAAUCUGGUUACUCCUACGAGGCGCCCAAAGUACCAUUCACACUCCCCCGACAAAACUACAGAAACAGCCAUGUGACUCUUCACAGUCAGCCUAGCACAACCUCAGAUUUUCUAGUUUCGAGUUUAGAUUUGAGUUCCCCUGGAUAUGCUGACAAUCACAAUAGCUAUUAUCAUGGUGGCACUUAUCAGAAUAACGAACAAUUGAGAAAUCAAAGAGGAUAUACAUAUUAGGUUUCUCAGGUUUAUUUCAGACAGCCCUUUAAUAACAUUUGUACAGAAUAUGUGAUGAACUCGAAUAAAAUUGUCGGCUAAUAUGGUC